AUGUUGAAAGCGAUCGCAACGCGGCAGCUUGCCAAAGUCCAGUUAUUAGUCGAUGCGGGAGCGAGGAUAGACCUGCCAGCAAAACUUGGCAUCAAGCGCACUCCUCUCCAGGCGGCUGCGGAAUGCGGCGCGUUCGACAUCCUCCACUACUUGCUCCAGAAGGGCGCAGACCCAAACGAGCCUCCCGCCAUGCGCGAGGGCGGCACCGCUCUACAACUUGCUGCUGCGAAGGGUCUCAUGGGAGUUGUCGCUCUUCUCAUAGAGCGGGGUGCGGAGGUGAACGCACCGCCGGGGCUUAUGCUGGGUCGAACUGCAUUUGAGGGCGCUGCUGAGCAUGGUCGAAUUGAAAUGCUACUGUUUCUCGCGGAAAAGGGGGUGGAUCUUCUUGCAGAUGAUGGAAAGCAAUACAAGCGUGCCCUUAGGUUUGCUGACGAGAAUGGGCAUGCUGCAGCGGUGCUAGUGGUGGAGAGAGUGUAUGCCGAGGCGUGUCAGGCCGCAGGAGCAGCCAUGGUGCUUGGACUGGAUGAUGUUUGUCAGCUAUGACUGGGUUGUUCUAGGGGUAGGUUCGAUCACUUUCGUAUGGUUGCUUUUUCCUUUAGGUACA